AUGUCUCCAGAACGGGGCUUGCCCUUAGUGAUUCACUGCUGGCUGGGAACAUCCACAGCAGCUCUCCCAGGACCCGACUCUGCCGUGAUCCAGGCUGAGAGGAGGGAGAGGAGCACCCAGGAGCACCCCGAAGCCCGGCUGGCACUAGCCAUGAGCCACCAGAUUCUGCUGCUUCUGGCCGUGCUGACCCUGGGCCUGGCUACCUCCCAACACCGAGACAAGGUGCCCUGUAGGAAGGUGGACAAGGAGGUCUGGUGCCAGGGCCGUGGCCUGCUCCAGGUCCCCUCGAUGCUCUCGCGGGACAUCGAGGUCCUCAACUUAUCUGGGAACCAGCUGCGGAGCAUCCUAGCCUUGCCCCUGGGCUUGUACACGGCACUUCGUCACCUGGACCUGAGCGCCAACGAGAUCAGCUUCCUCCAGCCAGGGGUCUUCCAGGCUCUGCCCCACCUGGAACACCUCAACCUGGCCCACAACCGCCUGGCGGUGGGCACGGCGCUGAACACUGGGGGACUGGGCCCCCUGCAGCGCCUGACGUCCCUGGACCUGUCGGGGAACAGCCUAUACAGCGGCCUGGCGGAACAGCUGCUGGGGGAGGCGCCCGCGCUGCGCACACUCUCCCUGGCGGAGAACAGCCUGACGCGCCUGGGCCGCCACACCUUCUGGGGCACACCCGCCCUCGAGCAGCUGGACCUGCACAGCAACGUGCUGAUGGACAUCGAGGAUGGCGCCUUUGAGGCCUUGCCCCGCCUGGUGCACCUCAACCUCUCCAGGAACUCCCUCACCUGCAUCUCCGAUUUCAGCCUCCAGCAGCUGCGCAUCCUGGACCUGAGCUGCAACAGUAUCGAGGCCUUUCAGACGGCCCCGGAGCCGCGGGCCGAGUACCAGCUUGCCUGGCUCGACCUGCGGGAGAACAAACUGCUCCACUUUCCCGACCUGAGCUCACUCCCGAGACUCAUUUACCUGAACGCGUCCAACAACCUCAUCCGGCUCCCUGCGGAGCCACCUCGGGGUGGAGGUGAGGGCCUCCAUGCGCCUUCCGAGGGCUGGUCAGCCUUGCCCCUCUCCAACCCCAGCCGCAAUGCCAGCACCCAACCCCUCUCCCAGCUCUUGAAUCUGGAUUUGAGCUACAAUGAGAUUGAGCUCGUCCCGGAGGGCUUUCUUGAGCCCCUGACCUCCCUGCGGUCCCUGAACCUCAGCCGGAACUGCUUGCGGGCCUUUGAGGCCCGGCCGGUGGGCUCCCUGCCCUGCCUGACGCUCCUGGACGUCAGCCACAAUGCGCUGGAGACGCUGGAGCUGGGCACCAGGGCGCUGGGGUCCCUGAGGACGCUGCUCCUACAGGACAACGCCCUGCGGGACCUGCCCCCGUACACCUUCACCAGCCUGGCCAGUCUGCAGAGGCUUAAUGUGCAGGGGAACCGGUUCAGCCCCUGCGGGGGCCCAGCUGAGCCUGGACCCUCGGGUUGCGUGGCCUUCUCUGGCAUCUCCUCCCUGCGUGUCCUGAACCUGGCGGACAAUGAGAUGGAGAUACUGCGGGCGGGUGCCUUCCUCCACACGCCACUGGCCGAGCUGGACCUCUCCUCUAACCCUGGGCUGGAUGUGGCCCCAGGGGCCUUGGCGGGCCUGGAGGGCUCCUUGGAGGUCCUGGCCCUGCAGGGCAAUGGGCUGGACGUCCUGCAGGUGGACCUGCCCUGCUUCAGCUGCCUCAAGCGGCUCAAUCUGGCCGAGAACCGCCUGAGCCGCCUGCCUGCCUGGACACAGGCUGUGUCCCUGGAGGUGCUGGACCUGAGAAACAACAGCUUCAGCCUCCUUCCAGGCAGUGCCAUGGGAGGCCUGGAGAACAGCCUGCGGCGCCUCUACCUACAGGGGAACCCCCUCAGCUGCUGCGGCAACGGCUGGCUGGCGGCCCAGCUGCACCAGGGCCGAGUAGAUGUGGACGCCACCCAGGACCUGAUCUGCCGCUUUGGCUCUCAGGAGGAGGUGUCCCUGAGUCACGUGCGUCCCGAGGACUGUGAGAAGGGGGGGCUCAAGAAUGUCAACCUCAUCAUCAUUCUCACCUUCGCAGUGGUGUCUGCCAUCCUGCUCACCACGCUGGCCACCUGCUGCUGUGUGCGCCGGCAGAAGUUUAGCCAACAGUACAAAGCCUAG